GGAUGCUAGCGAGGUUAUUUUAGGCCGCGACAAGUUUUGCAUAGCAGAAGGUAUUUAAUAUCGAGAUUUACGGAUCAAAAAUACUAGCGAAUUAUGACAGCACGUAUGCACAGGAAGUUUUAGGGACUUACCACGGAUUCGGAUUUUUCGUUAAACGAAAUCUACUUGUAGGAACUUUGGGAACAUGAUUGCGCUCCCCCAAUCUGUUUCUCUGUACAGGGCAAUAAGUGCGCCAAGAGCGUCGUGCCUCUGUUCUUCAUCAGAAGCUACUUGUCACAGCUUGGGUGUCCGCGCAUCGCAUCGAUCACCCUUCCGGAUUCCGUGAAGAUGCCGAAACACCAUAAUAAUUUUCAGUUUUACGUGAGAAGUGAUGUUUGUUGUCCAACUUCGAGCCGAGCCUUUAUCUAGUUCCAGGUCUCCUGCUCAGGAGCAUUAAGAUUGCCCUUAGUAGACCUCCAAUUACAACUCUUACAGCCCAUCACACAGCACACGUUGAUACACAUACUAACCAUGCCGUCGAGAUCAACAACGCCACGGGGUGCGCAGAGUUUUUGUUUCUUUUCGUGCUUUCUCGCCGUCACGUGCUCGUUGCUCGGUUGUGUCGACCUUUUUUCACCUGCUGCUCUCCGACGUUUUCCUUAUCUCGUCAACGCCGAAAAGUACCGUGAUGGCGCGUCGGGGCUGCGGUGUGAGAUUUGCAAGGAGCUGGCGAACCGAGCGAAAACCUUGUACCAAAAGGAGAAAGUGUCCUACGACAGCGAAUCUAGGCAGAAAUUUCUGCACAAACUGCAGAAGCGCACCUGCAUCCAGAACUCGCUCGCACAACUGCCGAACCCCAAGCAGUACGCGUUGCACCUGCCAUAUUACAGUGAAAAAUGCCCCCACCCCGGAAUUUGCAGAAGUUUGUCAUGCAAAGUUUCCAAAUGAAAGCUUUUUGUGUUCGCAUAAAAGGAUUACGAGCGUUAGUGAUGCAGAAUCUGGCUCUAGGUGCGCAAGCGCAAGGUGCCUUGUGCAUAACAGAUCCAGCUGCUGUUGGGCUACUUCGCAACACAAAUUUGACCUAUUCAGCAUGGAAAACUUGUGAUGCUGAGAUAUGCGAGACGGGGAAUGUUUCUGUUGGAAAGGUUUGCAAUACAAAUGCUGCCAAGCUGGGGGGGUGGGGGUAUUUUUCAUUGUAAUAUGCCGACACUGAAGUUUGACUGCGAGGUAUCUUCCAGGAAAAAAGAGUGUGGCUAUAGUGUAUGACAGCAAAAACUUGUCAUGCGCAGAUAGUAUGUACGCGAAGAUGAAGCUAGCCAAGGACAGCACGCAUGCAAUCCAGCAUGCCAAAUGUUGAUAACUGUUAACGUGGUGAUGAAAUAAUAGCCUCCCAUGGCUGGCCAGCAUGACACGUGUAACUGUGUUGCAUGAUUUGCAUUACAGACACACUUUUUGUUUUUGGAUACAAGGACUUGGUCGAAAAGCUGGGGCCAGAUUUUCUGGACGCGCUCUCAUUGAAGGAACCGAUGGGCGGGAAAUUUACCUUCUGCAAAAGUAUCGUACUCGUAGUUGUUAUGCAAUCACGCUUGAAAGUAGCAGUAGCACUACCACUAGAUGCCCUUUACAACAACCUGGCUCUGCGUGACUUUUUAUUAUUCUCAGAAAUAAAAAAGUUGCCAUACAAGUUCGGAUAGUGCGGCAACCGCAACGGCUACGGUAGUACUUUUGCGAUGCAUAACAUUUUGCGCGGAGCAGGACGAGUGCCCUGAAGUGGAUUCCGAAGAAGAUGACUUGUGAAGAUUUUUUGGAAAGCAGUACUACAAGAUAGCACGCGCUCACUGAAAUCAGCCCAACUUCUGCCUUUAUUGCCACCAGCACGGAUCAGGUUGUAGGUUUGAUAGACUUUGUCAUGAAAUGGUAAAUGGAGUAAAUGUAGAAGGCAGCAAAAAGCACCUAACUCUGCUCUCUGUGUUCUUUUUUUAUCAGCGAUCGGCCGUGG